AUGACCAUUCACUCAUUAUACAUCUUCGACCGACACUGUGACUGUGUGUACUACCAAGACUGGCACCGUACUCGCCCCAUCAGGCCCCCACCUCCCUCAUCCUUCAAACCCGGCGUCCAUCGCAUCCCCUCAAUCCCUCAUCCAUCAGACAAUGUUCGGCCAUCUAUAUUCGAUGAGAAUCACAAUCCCAGGGCGAACGUUGUAAGCGUGCAGGACGGGCUGGGAGGCGGAAGUGGAAGGGCGCCAAAGGGGUUGCCCUUUGAUGAAGAGUCAAAGCUGGUGUACGGUGUCUUGAUCUCUUUGAGAAGUAUGGUCAAGAGAUUAUCUGGACGUGACGAAGCAUUCACGUCAUACUCUACACCUCAAUACAAACUCCACCUGUUCGAAUCACCCACGGGCUACAAGUUUGUCCUCUUAUCAGACCCCUCUUCCGACUCUCUGCGCUUUGUCCUGCGGCAGUUAUACGUGGGACCAUUCUUGGAGUAUGUAGUGCGCAACCCUCUGGUCAAAAUGGAUUCGCGCGAGGAGGGAAUUGACAACGAUUUGUUCCGCGGGGCUGUAGAUAGACAUAUGCGUGGUCUUACCAUGUUUGGCUCAUGA